CACGCAGCCCGUUUAAACGCUGCGGCUCCGUUUCCUCCGCUCAGAGUGGGAGCCGCGGCAGGAAGCUGCAGUCCGCCGGGAGGUCGUUUGAUACGAGGACGGAAAAACUUUAAAAAGCUCACUUCCUGUCGCCGACCUGCCAGCCGCCUGCAGAGAGACGGUGACGCGCUGCAGCUCGCACUGCAAGGAAACCUGGAAAAUCCUGAUUUAACCUGGAAAAUCCUGAUUUAACCUGGAGAAUCCAGAUUUUUCCUGAUCGUUCCUGGAGGAGCCAUCAUCAGACAUGUCUCCUUUCCUGCGGAUCGGCUUCUCCAACUUUGAGAUCGAUCCCGGCUUGGCGUACUACGAGGAGGUGCUGAACCCGUACUGCGCCGUCUACAUGAAGGAGGCCGUGGACACAGAGAAGGGCCAGGUGUACAAGCAGAAGAAGCCCACCAUGUACCCGCCGUGGAGCUCCACGUUCGACGCCCACGUCCACCGCGGCCGCAUCAUGCACGUCAUGGUGAAGGACCGGACGGUGGAGCUGCGGUCCGAGGCCACCGUGGCGCUGGACUCCCUGGCCACGCGCUGCAAGAAGGAGAACGGCAAGCUGGAGAUCUGGCUGGAGAUGAAGCCGCAGGGCCGCCUGCUGAUGGAGGCCCGGUACUACCUGGAGAAGAGCGACGCUGUGGGUCAGGCCGGCGCCGACCCGGACUCGGAGCACGGCAGAGACGGCCUGUUCACGCUGCAUCAGCGGCGCGGCGCCAUCAAGCAGGCCAAAAUUCACCUGGUGAAGUGUCACGAGUUCAGCGCCACCUUCUUCCCUCAGCCCACCUUCUGCUCCGUCUGCAAGGAGUUCGUCUGGGGUCUGAACAAGCAGGGCUACCAGUGCAGACAAUGCAACGCUGCCAUCCACAAGAAAUGCAUCGACAAGGUCAUCGCCAAAUGCACCGGGUCGGCGGUGAACAGCAAGGAGACCAUGAUCCAUAAGGAGCGCUUCAAGAUCGACAUGCCGCACCGCUUCAAGGUGUACAACUACAAGAGCCCCACCUUCUGCCAGCACUGUGGCACCCUGCUGUGGGGGCUGGCAAAGCAGGGGCUGAAAUGUGAGGAGUGCAGCAUGAACAUUCACCAUAAAUGCCAGAAGAAGGUGGCGAACCUCUGCGGCGUCAACCAGAAGCUGAUGGCUGAAGCUCUGGCCGUCAUCGAGAGCCAGCAGCAGGCGAGAAGUACUAAAGACGGUGACAUCAUGGGUCGAGAAGGUCCAGUGGGCAUUGGCCAGCCGGGCGUGGUUCGGGCGCCGUCCGGGUUGGUACCGGGUCUGCCCGUCACGCCGGCGCCUGCUAGCAAAGAUCCGACGGGCGUUUUGUGGGAAGGGCCGACCGAGGUGAGCAGGCCGGCCCCGGAGGAGCCGCUGUACGCCGUCCCAAAGAAGGACCAUCAGCAGAAGUUCAGCAUCGACGACUUCAUCCUGCACAAGAUGCUGGGCAAAGGAAGCUUCGGAAAGGUGUUUCUGGCCGAGCUGAAGAGGAGCGGGAAGUUUUUUGCUGUGAAGGCUCUGAAGAAGGACGUGGUGCUGAUGGACGACGAUGUGGAGUGUACGCUGGUGGAGAGGAGGGUUCUGUCUCUGGCCUGGGAGAAUCCGUUCCUCACACACCUGUACUGCACCUUCCAGACCAAGGAGAACCUCUUCUUCGUGAUGGAGUAUCUGAACGGAGGAGAUCUCAUGUUCCACAUCCAGACCUGCCACAAGUUCGACCUGCACAGAGCCACGUUCUACGCAGCCGAGAUCGUCUGCGGCCUCCAGUUCCUGCACUCCAAGGGAAUCAUCUACAGAGACCUGAAGCUGGACAACGUCCUGCUGGACUCGGACGGACACAUAAAGAUCGCCGACUUCGGGAUGUGUAAGGAGAACAUGCAGGACGACCUGCGGACCUCCACCUUCUGCGGGACGCCGGAUUACAUCGCCCCGGAGAUCCUGCUGGGCCAGAAAUACAACAGCUCAGUGGACUGGUGGUCCUUCGGGGUUCUGCUCUACGAGAUGCUGAUCGGUCAGUCGCCGUUCCACGGCCGCGACGAGGAGGAGCUCUUCCAGUCCAUCCGGACCGACUCGCCCAUCUAUCCCAGCUGGCUCACCAAGACAGCCAGAGACAUUCUAGUCAAGCUGUUUGUCCGGGAGCCGGAGGAACGACUGGGAGUGAAGGGAAGCAUCCGGCAGCACGGCUUCUUCAGCAGCACGGACUGGAGCGCCCUGGAGCAGCGGCAGGUGGCGCCGCCCUUCAGGCCCACACUGACGUCACCAAGCGACUGCAGCAACUUUGACAAGGAGUUCAUCAACGAGAAGCCGAAGCUGUCGUGUGCCGACCGGACGCUCAUCAACAGCGUGGACCAGACCAUGUUCAGGAACUUCUCCUUCGUCAACCCAGGGAUGGCCCGUAUCGCCGCCCGCUGACCCAAAGUACCAACACUGGCUGAAACCGAGUCAAACUAAAUCUACAGACUGUGAAUGCCAACGAAGAUGAACCCGUCAACCCCAGUGGGACUGGACUGUGGAACCAGGCAGAUCCGGUUUGUUCUGAGGUUCCUCCUAACUGUGAUCCUCCUGAGACCCAGAUCCAUUUUCUCCUCAUUAGAACUGUUCAUGGAUUUAUUAUGAAUCUCAAUGCAUUUGUUUUCCAGACUGAACCCUGAAGGCUUUAGUUACUCAUUUAUUCAUGGAUUUCAUGUUCCUCCAGUUUAACACAGACGUUCAAACAGCCAGUAAAUUAGUGGGACUUGAAAAACUUUUAAGAGUUACAGCACAGUCUGUAAUUAAUCACAUUUAAUUAGACAUAUCUAAUAAAUAAGCAAUAUUCUUAUUUCAAAAGCAAUUUCUGCUGCUAAUUUACUGAAUAAAUAGACAUCUAACCUCAGUAACAAAUAUUAUUUUUAAUCUGUUAGGUUAUUAAACCAUCAGAUUGAAGCAAAGUGCUGUUCUAGCCAUUUAGCUUUCAAUUUAAAAAAAAUAAUUCUGUUGGAAUGCAGAAGCUGACAUGAUUGGGAACGUCUGUGCUGCUGCGACAUGUUUAGCACUGAGAUGCUACUUUAGGCUUGAAAAGCUAGGCUAACUGCUUUUAGCACAAUUUGAACACAAGUCUUUUCCAGCGUCCCAUCGUGUCGGCUUGAAACAGAAAUUAACCGCCAGUGGGCCGAGAGAAGCGGCUUUGCUGAUGCCGCUUGUACGUCAGAUUUAAGGGCGUACCAGAAACGCGAGGUCGCCGGAACCUUCGUAUGUUAAAAAAAAUGCGGCUAAUAUAUUUAACGCGUUAAAAUCCGUCAUUAAUUAUCGACAAUAACGCGUUAAGGUCCCGAGCCUAAAAUUAAAACAAUAAUCGGUCUGAUAUUCAGCUGCCGUUAGCGGCCGCAUCUAUAUUUCCAUCUACUCGAUUAGCAUUAGCUAACAGAGUAACUCUGGAUUAGCAUUAGCUAGUAACAGGACAACUCCUUCCUUAUAGACCAUAUGGAUCACAUUGGACCGCAGUUACUGUAAAUAAAUACCUCUAAAAGUAAAAUAAGAGCCUGAAUAUGGUGCUGAUCACUGAGUUUAAGAGUUUAUUCCUCUGUUUUAUGUUCAUGAAAACAUGUCAGACUUUUCUCCUCCGAGUCUCGGGAGGAUUUCUGGUUCCUCAUAAUGUGUAAAUAAAACUUACAUGUGAUGAAUUAUCUUGAGAUAAAGUUAGAUGUAAAUAAGUGAGCUGUACUGUAGUCGUGGACGGUUUCACUCCAGAUCCUGUAUAUUAUAUUAAUAAAGUAAGUUUGUUUUUAAAUGUU